AUUAAAUUAUAUAUCUAUGCAAAGUUUUUUCAUACAUCGUACUGGUUUGCGACUAGCAUAUAUAUGUAUAUAUAUAAAUUAAACUAGGAUCACAACAAUAAUUCACAACACUCUCAAUUUCCCUACGACCUCACACAUGGUUAUUGAGCUUGAACCUCAAUUAUUCUAGAAUACAAUAAAAUUUUUUAUCUUUUUAUUAUUGAGAUUAUCUGAUCAAUAAUAAAUGUAUACAAUACAAAUCAGCACCGCCAGACAGGCCUACAAAUUCUUUUAUUUUCUUUUUUUAUUUUUGGUGAGAAGUGAGAACAGAAAAUUCAAGGUUGGAUUCUCAACUCCAACAUACUUAAAAUAAAUAAAUUUUUUUUUUAAAAAAAGGUGAGACUAAAAAUUUGGAGUUGACCAGACAUAAUGAGUAAUAUUCAGAUCAUAUGGUCGGCAAGAGGUGGACCCCACUGAGCCUUAUUCUAGCCGUUGUAUUCGCCACCAACGAUCUUUUGAAACCUCAUUGCGGGAAAAGAAGACUGUGGGUCUACAAGGCAAUGAUUAAAGAAAUUAUAAAAUAAAUAAAUAAAAAAAUAAGUAAGAUUUAGAUCUAAAAAAUUUGGAUUAAAAGUAAGAAAGUGACGCUGUAAGAAAUUUAGAAUUUUUUUUGUGCCACUGUGCACAAGGUACAACGACAUCGUUCAGACUCUUUGACAAAGUGAGUUAUUGCUUAGGCAGCACACUGCCUUGGCAACAUCAUCACUUUCUCUUCUUUAUUUUGGUAAGCAAGUUGUUGUUGCUUACUUAAUAUAGAUACUUUCUUUCUGUUUCAGAUAUUUUUCUUUGGAUAAAACCUGCUUCUAUGUCUUCGUGAUAAUCACAAUAUAGAGACUUUGCUUCUUGACAAGAGUGUCAUAUCACAAAAUGUGAUAAUCACAAUAUUUGUAUGAAUUUGGGAAGUUGAUGGUUCAGUUUUCAAUUAGCUAUCUUUCCUUAUAAGAAUCAACAAGAGUUAAAGUUUGUAGCUUCCUGGAAACUACUGCAUUGUUCUUGAUUAUAAGUGGGGUUUUCUUAGCUCUUCUGGGUUCUGACUUCUGCAAUGAAAUUUGGACUUCUUGAACACAUGUUGUAGUCUUUUUCAAUUGGGUCUUGCUCUGAGGAUCAAAUUUGAUCACUACCAGAAUUAACUUCAAUAACUUCCGAAAGGACCAAAACUAAUCCACUGUAGAAUGACCGAAAGUGGUUUAUGUUCUGCAAUGCCUGAAAUGGAUAUUAUAGCUUUAAAGGAAACUCUUCAAUCUCAACAAAAUCUUCUACAAAAAUUGUACAAUGAAUUGGAUGAGGAAAGAGAAGCCUCAGCUACAUCGGCUAGUGAAGCUCUAUCGAUGAUACUGCGUUUGCAAGGAGAGAAGGCUGUUGUGCAGAUGGAAGCAAACCAAUAUAAGAGAUUGGCAGAGGAAAAGAUGUCUCAUGCUGAGAAUUCUCUUUAUGUUUUUGAAGAUCUAAUCUAUCAGAAAGAAAUGGAAAUUUCAUCUCUUGAGUUUCAAGUUCAGGCUUACAGGUGCAGACUUCUUAGCAUGGGUUGCAAUGAUUUGGGUGACUAUGAAUGUAAAUUUCCGGAGAAUCUAGUUUUGCAAAGAAGUGAUUCAUGUAAGGUGGAAAUGGGUGCUAAUAGCAAUUUAAGAAGAUUACACUCUCUGCCUCCAAUUCAAGUAAAAGAACACUAUCAGAAGAAAAGUAAUUUGGAAAAAGAAAGAUCUGUGAUCCCCAUGUCAGAUUGGAGUCCAAAGAUAGGGAAGCAAAACACUGACCAGAAUGUUAAAGUUCAAAACUUGGAUUUAGAGAAAAAUUCAGGAAGUCCUAUUUUUGUAACCUCUGAUUCGUACUGGGAGCAGAUCAAAAAGUUAGAUGACCGAGUGAAAGAUAUAUCGGGUGAUAAAGUUUCUGUAAGAGAAAAUUCAUUUAACUUGAAGGAAAAGUACAGCCCCCGUUCAUUACUUCCACAAGUAAGUAUUGACAAAUUCCAUGGCACAAAUAAAGGAGAAAGUUUUACUAAUUUUGAGAAAAUUAAACUUCAUGAAAAUAUACAGGAAAGGGAGGCAAUAGUUAAUUCUUCUUGCACCUCAAGUGUCCAGGAUAUUUUUGAAGUCCCACAAAGUACUGAGAAUCAUAAUGCAUACAAAGUUCAGAAGAAAGAACAAAGUAAGUUGGUUUUGGAAGGUGAGAACAGGCCUAGAAAGCCAGAUUUGGUCUCUGAGGAUAGCUCUGGAUUGCAUAUUACAGAUGCAACAGAUAAGAUAAAGAAAAUGUUGCUUUUUGCAAACCACGAUAACAAAAUACCUAAACCAAGAGAUGGAUUAAGUGAUGACUGCAAUGCAGCUCUUGUUCAGCCAACAAUAGGUGAUGUAGAGUCUCAGGCCAAGCUUCAACAACUGUGUCACAGAAUUGAGCGGCUCGAGGGAGAUAGAAACUAUAACAGGCAAGAAAUUACUGAGGAAGGGGAAGGGCAGUUGAAGUUGUUAAAGGAGAUACAAGAUCAACUUAAUGUGAUACAGACUGAGUUGGGAAGUUUGAGAAUUAAGAAAUCCCCUCCACAAGAUGACCAGCCUCUACAUUUUCUUUCUGAGGCAUUGCUACAUUUUUGGCUUUAAGAAAUCAAUUGGAACCUUGAUAUGUCACAGAUCAUUGAUUUCAGACAUGCUUGGCACAAAGGAAUCAGUAAGAGUAUCUUUGAUCUUUCAUACAAAUGGCGUGAACCAAAUUUUUUUUUAGGUUUUCGGAUUUAAUUUGAAUGACUUCCAUACAAAAUAUAGAUUUUAAAAGAUUUUCAUACAGUACAUUGAAACAUAAAGAAAGAAGAGUGGCUUUCAGAGGAUUGAAUAGGGCAUGUUUUUUUUUUUUUUUUGAGCUUGAGAUAUAGGUUGUAAGUAACACACAUACCUUGAUCUGAUUUGAGAGUUGAGAGUGCU